AUGGACAUUGUGGUGCAGCCGUCAGUAUCUUGGGUGGACCUCAACGAGGAAAUCAAGGACAGCGGAUUGUUCUUCCCCGUAGAUCCUGGCCCUCCGGCAAAAAUUGGGGGAAUGAUUGCCACAAACUGCAGGAAAUCGUCAGCGGGCUAUAACUUGAACGGUCUUUUUACUGGCGCAGAGGGGACUCUGGGAUUUGUCACCGAGGCCACGCUGAAACUGGCACAUAUACCUGAAGAAUACGGAGUCGCAGUGACUACAUUCCCGUCAAUGAGGUCUGCCGCCAAUGCAGCUACGGAAGUGAUCCGCUACGGAAUCCCGGUGGCAGCAGUGGAACUCCUCGACGACGUCCAAAUGGACGUUGUCAACCGGAUUGGAGGCACGGGACAGGAGUGGAGAGCGUUACCAACGCUAUUUUUCAAAUUUAGCGGGACCCGUGCCGGCGUUCAGGACAACAUUGACGGGGUGCGGCGCAUAGUGCGGGAGAAUGGAGGCAGCGAUUUCCGGGUGGAACGAGAUCCGACGAAGCAAGCGGCCCUCUGGUCGGCCCGUAAACAGGCGCUCUGGAGCAUGAUGUGUUUGCGAGAAAAGGGCUCGGAAGUAUGGUCUACCGACGUAGCUGUUCCGCUGUCCAAGGUUCCAGAUCUUGUCGAGAUCUCCAAGAAAGACCUGGACGACCUCGGUCUGUUCGGCAGCAUGCUGGGCCACAUUGGGGAUGGGAACUUCCACGAGACCAUUCUAUUCGACGGAGAUGAAGAACGCGAGAAAGUGGCCAAAUGUGUCCAUGACAUGGUCCACCGAGCUAUCGAAAUGGACGGUACUUGCACAGGCGAGCAUGGGAUUGGGCUGGGGAAGAAGGAAUUCUUGGAGGAGGAAGUCGGCGAAACAUCCCUGACCGUCAUGAAGACCAUCAAAGCUGCGCUGGAUCCGCACUGGCUGAUGAAUCCGGGGAAGGUCUUUGAUCCUUGA